AUGCUGCCAAGCGCGGCGAUCUUUUGGGCGUGCGCACGCUUCUGGCAGAAGGCAUUGACCCGAACCGCCGCUUCAACGUCGUCGACUUGCGAAGGCGACGCGGCGCUGCACUGGGCAGCAUACGAGGGCCACGGCAGCGUCAUCGAGCUUCUCCUCCGCCAUGGCGCCAGCGUCGACAUUGUGAACACCUUUGGCAACACACCGCUGCAUUGGGCGGCGUGGGGCGGUCGCGUCCAAGCAGCGAUCUUUCUGCUGGACGCAGGUGCCAACAUUGGCCGACAAAACAACGAUGGCGACACGCCACUGCACUUUGCAGCGCGGGAAGACCGAGCCGCAGUUGUGCGCCUUCUCCUCGAUCGCGAGGCCGAUGCGGGCCUCCCGCCGUACGCUCUGGCACGCGAGAGAGGGCAUGCUAGUAUUCUUCGCCUCCUCGACCAGCACCCCGGGGAUCCAUGCGCACUCUACGACGCGGCAAAGAAGGGCGAGACAGACCGCGUCGGCGCGCUGCUCAGCAGCGGUUUACACCCGGACGUGCGCAUGGAGGACAACAACACGCCACUGCACUGGGCGGCCUGGGAAGGCCACGAGGCCGUUCUGCGACUCCUUCUCGAGCAUGGCGCGACCGUCGACAGCGAAAACAGGUUUGGCAACACCCCGCUGCAGUGGGCGUCGUGGGGCGGCCAAGCCUGCGCCGUGCAGCUGCUCAUCGAUGCCUACGCCAACGUCAACCACCCUGGCGACGGUGGGUGCUCCGCCUUGCACCGUGCGGCUCACCACAACCACCCGCGCGUGACCGAGUUACUCCUGCAAUUCAACGCCGACAAGGACCAAAUGGACCAUCACCAUCGGACGCCCCGCACGAUUGCACUCGCCAAUGGUUUCGCUGACGUCGUUGACGUCCUCGAUGGCUAUCCACGCGGAAGACGCGAUCCUGGAAGACGUUGAAUGCCUACGUCUCGCUGCGACUCGG